UUCGACUUGUUCCAGAAAUAAUCCAACAAAAAAAUAGGGUAACAAAAACGCUUGAAAACAUUAUUACACCCGUAAAUCCUUCUUACGCUAAUGACAGUCUACGAUGCUGAAUAUCUAAUCUUUCCAUCACCUCAGUCUUCAUUUGGAUGAUCAGAGCUCACUGAUGCAUAAAGAGAGUGCUUAACGAGACCACAUGAUGUAAAUAUCAUUGUCAUUACCAUCAUACAAUCACACGUCAACUACCACGCCAUAAACUGAAAUACUAAGUGAGUACAGCUUACAUUUGCUACGCCCUAAACAAGCCAGAAACUCGAUAAACAAUUAUCGUAACAGCAAUCAAAUUUUGAUCGGUAGACGUAUAGUUUCUAUGUCCAAAAUGAAGUUGAUUUUAAGUCUCUAUUUACUAACAUUGGUAUACGAAGCUAGUCACGUGUACGCCACACGAGGAACAUUUGAAAAGGAGCUUCGAGACAAACUGUUAGGUGGCGACUAUGAUAAGACAGUACGUCCGGUCAAAGACCAUAACAAGCCUCUCAACGUGUCUUUUGGGCUCAGGCUGAGCAAACUGGUUGAACUGGACACCAAAAAUCAGUUACUAGUUGUCGACGUUUGGAUUGUCCAGAGUUGGAAUAAUCCUUUUUUAUCGUGGAACGAGAGCGAACACGGAGGUAUCCACACUCUACACAUCCAGCCAGAGACUAUGUGGGUUCCUGACACUGUACUCUAUGACAAUGGCGAUGAAGAUGUUUCGCAGGCAGGAUUUCUGGAGAAGUUCAAGACGUACGUCAUGUUGAACAGUAAUGGAACGUGCACGUGGAUGGCACCAGCAACCUUCAAGAGUUCAUGCGAGAUGGAUCUUACAAACUUUCCUUUCGACACCCAGGCGUGUGAUAUGACGUUCGGGUCGUGGACGUACGACAGUAGAUUGAUACGMAUGCAACAGCUGCACGAAACACACGAACUCGCUGAAAAAUUCAUCACCAAUGGUGACUGGCGUCUACAAGAAGUGGAAAUCAAAAAUCGCCUAAUGACCUACACGUGUUGUCCUCACCCAUUCUCAGACGUAACGUACACAUUCACACUAGACAGGAAGCCCAACUACCACAUCCUCAAUCUGGUUGUACCAUGUGUUAUAUUAGCGUUCAUUUCAUUAAUAAGCUUCUAUCUACCACCUGACUGUGGCGAGAGGAUUGGUCUUAGUAUCACUGUACUUCUAGCAUUGAGCGUUUAUCUCUUGAUUAUAUCUGAUAAACUACCAGAGACCUCAGAUUAUGUACCAAGACUUGGCUUGUACUAUAUGUGCUUAAUGGGUGAGCUAGCAUUGGCCUUGGCUGCCACUGCCGUGUCUAUUAAGUGUCAUCACUCACGGACAAAGCCGCCAAAGAUUCUCAUGCGACUUAUAAGACCAAAACAAGUCAAGGUAAGGUCCAUAUCUGUGCGUUCAGCCAUCGACGAGGAAUCGGAGGAAAACCACAAGAAUCAAUCGGCGCAGAAUGGAGGCGUAGUCAAGCAGAAUGAAGAGAGGAACGAGGAGGAGAAUAAAGAGACGUGGUGUGAAAACUGGAUGGAUAUCUCGCUUUGUUUGGACAGGUUUUUCUUGGUCACGUUCACAGUUUUAUUUGCGGCUACAACCUUUGGAACUUUGUUUUCGCGAAAUUAGGUAGAGAAAGUUGUAUGUAUCGCAAUUAUUAAACAGUACUCGAUC